GAAGUUUUGGCUCAGUUUACAAAGGCAUUCUCAAAAGUGGAAUUGUCGUUGUAGUUAAAGUGUUCAAUCUGCAAUUGGAUGUGGCAUUCAAGAGUUUUGAUACGGAAUGUGAAGUUUUGUGUAGCCUUCGCCAUAGGAAUCUCGUAAAAGUCAUUACUAGUUGUUCCAAUCUUGAUUUCAAGGCUUUAGUGCUCGAGUAUAUGCCAAAUGAAAGUCUUGAUAAGUAUUUGUAUUCACACAACUAUUUCCUCAAUAUCAGGCAGAGGCUAAGCAUAAUGCUAGAUGUAGCAUGUGUGUUGGAAUAUCUUCACCAUCGGUGCACGUUGCCUGUAAUCCACUGUCAUUUAAAGCCUAGAAAUGUCUUGCUAGACGAGGAUAUGGUUGCCCACCAAAGUAACUUUGGCAUUUCAAAACUGCUUGGUGAAGACGAGAGUGAUUUAUACACUAAAACCUUAGCAACAUUUGGGUAUAUUGCGCCAGAAUAUGGAUUGGAUGGGUUGGUCUAAACAAAAUUUGAUGUCUAUAGUUAUGGGGCCAUGUUGCUAGAAACGUUUACUAGGAGAAAGCCUAAUGAGUUUGAGGGUGACGCUAGGUUGAAGAAAUGGGUGAGUUUUUCACUCCCAAUGGCAAUAAUGGACGUCGUAGAUGUCAACUAGGUAACAUCAACUGGUAAUUGCUUACAGAAGGAGUUAGAUGUUGUGGCAUCAAUCAUGAAAAUCACAUUAGAUUGUUGUGCUGAAUCUCCAGCAAGAAGGACUAACAUGGAAGAUGUUGUAGGGAUACUGCAGAAGAUCAUGAUUCAACUUCUUGCAUGUUGAACAUGUUGUUGCAAUAUGUUGUUCCAAAUCACUUGUAUGUUUCAACUUUUUCUAAAUUGUUGUAUUCAUGUAAAGAUUGUAGUUUUGUUUUGUUUUAGAACAUGAUUUGUGAAUUAAUCUUUUUUAGAAAUGCUAGAUGGUUGCAAUAAAUCUCAUUGUUUCCUCUUAACAUUAUUGUCUCAAAAGGAGGAAUUGAAUAAUUACUAAAAUCAAAUUUUUUUUGGCAAUUAACUCACUUUAUUAAUUACCAAGUGACUGUCAUUACAAACUAAGAAUAGACAAACCUACCUAUCUCUUCUCAGGUGUUACUACUUGAACCAACAGACCUCUAUAUACUUCUAUGACUACUGAAACUUCUUAAUACAUUCAAUCAGUUUGGAGUUUGUUCAAACCCUUAUACACAACAUUAGUUUAAGGCUUCUUAUCAAAUCUUCAAUACUACGUGCCUUCUUCUGAAAGAUCCU